GGCCCGUACAUACAUUUGUUAGCAGGUUGCUGACAUAACCGCAUUCCUCUGUUUUUUUUCCUGCUCCUAUCUCCGACUCUGAAGAGAAGCGAGUACACUAACCAAUCGCAGAGAGUGAAAAGCUUGAAGUUUUUCAAAGGCGACCAUGUUCUACUCGCAGCGUCUUCUGUCGAGAAAAGGGCCGUUGGGCGGCAUUUGGGUUGCCGCCUACUCUUUCAAAAAGCUCAAGAGGUCGCAGGUCAACCAGACCGACAUCUCCGCCUCCGUCGAUGAAAUUUUGCAGGAUGAAUGGGAUGCUGUUGCAUACAGGGUACUGGCCUACCUUCUUCUUGGCGUCGUUCGAAUAUACUCAAAGAAAGUUGAAUAUCUGUAUGAUGACUGCAGUGAAGUGCUGGUUAAAAUCAACAAAUUUGUAGUCAGUACAAAAAAGAAUGCAGGCGUAGAUAAGCUGCGUGCACCUUAUUACGCUGUUACCCUACCUGAUAGGUUUGAACUUGAUGCUUUCGAUCUGGGGAUCCUUGAAAUUGAAGAUGUCAGUGGAGGCAAUGUGGUGGCUGAUGAAGAAAUCACAUUGAAAGAUAGUGCGCAGGGGAAUGGAAGAGGACAAUUUUAUUCAGAAAUACAUGAUUACGAGGAAUUUGGUGCCUGUGACACCCCAGUCAAAGAUAUACUUUCGUCUCACUGGUUGGGCUUUGACACGGAGCUAAGAGCAUCGAGUAGUGGAACCAAGUCAGCGGCAGUUGUGGCGAAGUUUCAAGAGAAGAUGUUCUAUCAAGAAGAAUGCGCUGACCUAGAAACAACUUUUAGAGUUGAGGACGAACCUCCAAGACAAGUUAAACCAUCUUGUGAAGGUCAAGAAACUAAUGUAGCACUUUCUGAAGUUGCUAUUCGAGGACAAGCAAACCCAGGGGAAAAGCUUCAAGACCUUAGGUUGUCUCACGAAGGUUUGAACCUUGAGACAUUCGAUGGGACUGAGAGAGAACCUUCCCACCAUUUUAGAUCAUCCAGUGAAGAUCAUCAAAUUGAUCGUGAGGAGGUUAUGGAACCAGAGUUGGUACAACCAGAAAGUCAGACAUGUCCAAACAUAGUACAAGACCAUAAUCUAAACACCAUAGAAGCUGGCAUGGAAAAGUUGCAGAGUUGUACAGUUUCUCAAGAAGAGUACAUGGACAUUGAUACAUUUAAUGGGGCAAAGCAACCUCGAGGACUUGUUUGUUCAUCUGGUCAAGCAAAUCAUAACGAUGGAGAGCCCAAAAAAUUACCCGAGAUGAUUUCACCGGAUAGUAAAGAACGUCAAAUUAUUAUGCAAGAAGAUCGAGAUCCUCUCUCCAUUUCAUGCGAUGGAACUCCUGAUGUCAAAAUCCCCGAUGCAGGUGCACCAAAGUUUAUGGUUAUUCAUACACCGGCUUCUAAGGAGUUUGCUCGAUUUUCUAGGAAAAGAAAAUGUGUCAUGGAUGAUAUGAUAGUCCUGCCUAAUGAGGUAAUCAGGAAAAGCAUAAAUGAUGCAAGUGACUUGGUUUCUAAAAGAAAGAAAGUUCCUCAAACUGCCCUUGCUAUCUGGAAAGCCAGUCGAAUUGCAAAUCUUUGCCAUGAUUUCUCGGAGCCAUUGGUACCUGCUGCUGUUUCGCGAGAACUUAUAUCCCUCUUCUGCAAAAAGAAAUUAAAGAUUACAGCACCUGCAGAACCAUUUUCCCCUCCAGAAAAGUUACAUGCACCCGAAUCUCCAAGUGGUGUUAGGUCAGAGCAAGCAGAAAUUGCACCAGAAACACCCGUUCUUCGCUCACAAUCAGUGAAAUCAUUUGGGACUCCAAAGAGCCCUGACGCUGUUGAUAUGGAUACCUUAACACCUGAGACAUUUGGAGGGAUAGAGAAAGAGGAGCCACCCCGGGGCAGCAGGGAGCAAGCUGCCCCAUCUGGAUAUGCAGAAGAAGCACCAUUUCUGGACAGGGAUCAGGAACAUGAUUUUAAUUUGUUGAAUGAGGACAUUGAUUCAUCCGAAGGAGUCAACCCGCAACUGGGGAUGUCUGGGAGAACCAGAAUGGUCGCAAGGUACUUGCAUACACACUUUCCAAACUGUAAAAAUCAAGGAAAGGAGGAAGUGAACUUGUUGGAGGUUUCGAAAGGAAGAACAAAGAAAGAAAAUGCAAGGCUGUUUUACGAGCUACUGGUGUUGAAAACUCAAGGCUAUGUGAAUGUGAAGCAAGAUGUUUCCUAUGGUGAUAUACUGAUCUCAAAACGUCCGAAACGGGACCAAACGUGGGUAGAUAAUGAUACGGUCGACAGAGGCACCUCAGAAACUACGUGCAUGCGUGCAUAGCGUUCGGAGUCCUGUGUAAAUUGUAGACGGCGCUAGUUUUCGUAGUCGUAUGAUCUCCCUUGCAGCAAGUUUAUUAGUUGUACAUUUCGGUGUUUUUUUUCGAAAGGUAUAGGCUUCUAGCCAUUGUUGAUUGAAGAUUCAAAGCUUUCUGGUGGACUCUCAACAACCAUCAUGGAGCUUAUUCUUGUUGAAUCUCCAAUUCUGUAAAGCCCAUUUACCAAUUCGGUCCAAACCGGGCUCAGUCAGAAAGAAUCUUGAAUGGUUGUAGCCAUAAUUUGAACCGGUUCGAACCAUGCUUGAUCCUAGAAAUAUUUUGGUUUAGUACUA